UGCAGUAUAAUGGGAGCGCAAGCAACCCAGAGCGCCUCAUAGGGGGCUGUAUCGCUGCUGUAUCCUCUGCUUGGCGCUCUCUAGCCCCUUUCCAACCCUCUCCAGUUCCUUACCUACAGCCCAUGCUCGGGCUCCCCCCUCCCCACUGGAUCCGUACCCUUCGACAUGGAUGUCCCGCCGUCCCUCGACCCGGAGGAUUGUUGUUUCUUGGCGCAGUGAAGGAGGAUAAGGAGAAGGGGAAGGGGAAGGAAUCAUGCCGGGACUGCUAAUGGAUUUAGGGAAAGCGCAAGUGACCAUGCCGUGAUCUUGCGCAUCCAGGGCCGCCGUCACCCUGCCUUGCCCAACGAACGUAGAAGAAUUACGGGGGAAUCGAACUCGCGCACCGGGGGGAUUAAACCACUGUGCAUUUUUUAAAAACAACAUGAAGAUUACCUCCCAUCAUCUGAUGAUAAGCAGUCUCGUUUUCAGGUCCAACCUCAGGCUGAUCCCGCUUCUGCUGCUGUUUCUUGGUUACUCUCGCGGGAUGCCACACGUUUUAAGAUUUGGAGGAAUAUUCGAAUCCAUGGAGAACGGCCCUUCCGGAGCAGAGGAACUAGCCUUUAAAUUUGCCUUGAACACAAUCAACAGGAACCGCACCUUGCUCCCCAACACCACGCUGACCUAUGACAUCCAGAGAAUAAACAUCUUCGACAGCUUUGAGGCCUCCAGGAAAGCAUGUGAUCAGCUUUCCCUCGGUGUGGCGGCCAUUUUUGGCCCCUCACACAGCUCGUCGGCCAACGCAGUCCAAUCUAUCUGCAAUGCUUUGGGAGUGCCCCACGUCCAGACCAAGUGGAAGCAUCAAGUGUCCGACAACAGGGACUCGUACUAUGUCAGCCUGUACCCCGACUUCUCCUCCCUCAGUAGAGCCAUCCUCGACCUGGUGCACUUCUUCAAGUGGAAAACAGUCACUGUGGUGUACGACGACAGCACAGGUACAGGUCUCAUUCGACUGCAGGAGCUGAUCAAGGCACCGUCACGAUACAACAUUCGUUUGAAGAUCCGACAGCUGCCCACAGAGACCAAGGAUGCCAAGCCACUUCUGAAGGAGAUGAAGAAGGCAAAGGAGUUCCAUGUCAUCUUUGAUUGUGGACAUGAGAUGGCGGCCUGGAUCCUAAAACAGGCCCUGGCCAUGGGUAUGAUGACAGAGUACUACCAUUAUAUUUUUACUACCAUGGACCUUUUUGCCCUCGACAUGGAACCGUAUCGCUUCAGUGGAGUCAACAUGACCGGGUUUCGCAUCCUCAACACAGAAAACUCUCAGGUGUCGUCAAUCAUCGAGAAGUGGUCAAUGGAGCGGCUACAAGCCCCGCCCAAAGCGGACUCAGGCCUGCUGGAUGGAUUCAUGACGACGGAUGCGGCGCUGAUGUACGACGCCGUGCAUGUGGUGGCGGUGGCGGUGCAGCAGUCGCAGCAGAUCACGGUCAGCUCGCUGCAGUGUAAUCGCCACAAGCCGUGGCGCUUCGGGGGCCGUUUCAUCAACCUCAUCAAAGAGGCUCACUGGGACGGUUUGACAGGACGUGUUCUCUUCAACAAGACCAAUGGACUGAGGACAGAUUUCGACCUGGAUGUCGUCAGUCUGAAGGAGGACGGGCUGGAAAAGAUUGGAACGUGGGAUCCUCCCAGCGGUCUCAAUAUGACAGAGUCUCACAAAAGCAAGACAUCCAACGUCACGGACUCUCUGGCUAACAAAUCCCUGCGUGUUUCCACUAUACUGGAGGAGCCGUAUGUGAUGUUUAAGAAGUCGGACAAGCCUCUGUAUGGGAACGACCGUUUCGAGGGCUACUGUAUCGACCUGCUGAGGGAGCUCUCUGGCAUCCUGGGCUUCCGCUAUGAGGUGCGAUUAGUGGAAGAUGGGAAGUACGGCGCGCAUGAUGAGAGCACGGGCCAAUGGAACGGCAUGGUGCGGGAGCUAAUUGACCAUAAAUCAGACCUGGCAGUGGCUCCUCUGGCCAUCACCUACGUCAGGGAGAAGGUCAUCGACUUCUCCAAGCCCUACAUGACGCUGGGGAUAAGUAUCCUGUACCGCAAGCCCAACGGCACCAACCCCGGGGUCUUCUCCUUCCUCAACCCCCUCUCACCCGAUAUCUGGAUGUAUAUUCUGCUGGCUUGCUUGGGUGUCAGUUGUGUGCUGUUUGUCAUAGCCAGGUUUAGCCCAUACGAGUGGUACAACCCGCACCCAUGCAACCCAGACUCGGAUGUAGUGGAAAACAAUUUUACGCUGCUCAAUAGUUUCUGGUUUGGAGUUGGGGCUCUCAUGCAGCAAGGCUCAGAGCUCAUGCCCAAGGCGCUGUCGACUCGAAUAGUGGGAGGCAUCUGGUGGUUCUUCACCCUCAUCAUCAUUUCCUCAUACACGGCCAACUUGGCGGCCUUCCUCACUGUGGAGAGGAUGGAGUCGCCCAUAGACUCGGCCGACGACCUGGCCAAGCAAACUAAAAUCCUGUACGGGGUGGUGGAGGACGGUGCCACCAUGACCUUCUUCAAGAAAACUAAAAUCUCCACCUACGACAAGAUGUGGGAGUUCAUGAACAGCAGGAGGCAAACUGUGAUGGUCAAGAACAUGGAUGAGGGCAUCCAGCGCGUCCUGACCUCCGACUACGCCUUCCUCAUGGAGUCCACCACCAUCGAGUUUGUCACCCAGCGCAACUGCAACCUCACACAGAUCGGAGGCCUCAUAGACUCCAAAGCGUACGGAGUGGGAACACCUAUGGGCUCUCCGUACAGAGACAAGAUCACGAUAGCUAUUCUGCAGCUGCAGGAAGAAGGGAAGCUGCACAUGAUGAAGGAGAAGUGGUGGAGAGGCAACGGCUGUCCCGAGGAGGAGAGCAAAGAGGCCAGCGCUCUCGGGGUGCAGAACAUCGGAGGGAUCUUCAUAGUGCUGGCCGCAGGACUGGUGCUGUCGGUGUUUGUGGCUGUCGGGGAGGUGCUUUACAAAUCCAAUCAGAACGCCCAGCUGGAGAAGCGAUCAUUCUGCAGCGCCAUGAUGGAUGAGCUGCGUGUCUCUCUGAAGUGCCAACGCCGCCUCAAACAGAAGCCUCAGCCGCCCGUCAUCGUUAAGACAGAGGAAGUCAUUAACAUGCACACGUUCAACGACAGGAGACUCCCCGGAAAGGAAACCAUGGCAUGAACGCCGAGCAUCGCCCCCGAAAACACACCCCUCGAUUAAAACCAUGGAGGGGAGACGGGGGUCAAAAUAACGCUGACUUAACCGCAGACUGAGGUUAGCAGUCGAAACAGGAUUCCUUUUGAACCCCACUUGCUUAUGCAGACGGAUGUUUCCUGUGGAAAUAUAGAUACCUGAGCAGUGUCACCUCACUGUGACGUUCACUUUUUGAAGGGAGCUGGAAAGGAAGGACUUAAAAAAAUUAAUGUAAAUUGAAAAAAGGGAUCCAAGCAGGUUUAGUUCAAAACAUAAGUCUGGUCCACACUAGAAGUGGACUUAAAUACACUCAUAUACACAUGACACAUAUAUGCACACACACACACACACACACACACACACACACACACACACACACACACACUCUCAUCUGACACACUUUAAACCUGUGCAGAAGGGAAAACUCUAUUGUGACAGUAACACCAGAUGUAGUUUUUCUGUUGAUGUCAAUGCCCUUUUGUCUUACCUCCAUGUGUGUUUGACCCCAUCGGUCCCUCCCUUCAGUGGCUUGAGUUCCUUUUCAAAUGAUUUAAAUAAACCCUGAUCUCACAGCAACAAAGGGAACGGUAGUCAGUGCCAAAUGGUUUGCUAUGAACCGAUGUAUAAAAGUGAUAUUUAGUUUGGAAUCAUCUUUGCUGACCUUGUCGAAUACUCAUCGUUUUCUUCUGUAACGCCUUUCUCGUGCCAAAGUUCUGCCAUCGUGAAGAACUUUCUACCAUGCCUAUGAUUAUGUUCAAAGCCUCUACAAGCAAUGUAUACUGUCAACGUUCUUAUUCAUAUCCGUCCUUACACGCAGUCUGCAGUUUUCACUCUGUAUCAGUUGUUGUUUAAAAAUGCAGGAUUUCUACAAAAGUGUUUGUUUUUGUACAAGAACAAGAAGUUUUGUAGUACUUUGUAUCAUGGUAGCCCCUCCUGUGGACAAAAAUAUGUAGCAGAUACCAACUCUCAACCAGCCCUCAAAUUCUAUCAACCGGUGGCUGUGGGGCUUCAAACUCUGCUGUGUAGGGUUCAUUUCUCUCAUCAAUCAGAGAUUCAGUCUUUUGUCUGUCAGUAUCAUGGGGCCAGCUGUACAUACUGUCUGGGGACAAUGUGGUGUUUUUUUUUUGGUUGGGUAAGAACAAUGAAACUGUAAACUAAUUGGUGCUCAAAGUAGGAAAUGCGUUGACUCAUUCUGGAAAUUGGAGCUUCUGUGCGUGUGUGUGUGUGUGUGUGUGUGUGUGUGUGUGUGUGUGUGUGUGUGUGUGUUGGACUAUCUGUAGCUGUGAUGAGUCACCGUGAAAGACGUAGUAAAACAUGCAAAUGUUUGCUUGUGUUAAAAAUAAACACAACUGUAGUUACCAGGCUACACUUGAGCCCUUAGUAGACUGCAAACAGUUUAAAAAUAAGUCUUACUUAAGAGGAAGAUGACAAAUGUUAUUGAAUCUGGGUGAUUUGAUUGAAAAGAAAAGGUUUGGAAUAAUCCCACAGCACUGACAGAUUCUGUUUUAGAAAAUAAGACUUUGAAAACUCCAUUAUUGACAAAAUAAAAUGUAGAUCUUUGCAUUGUGGACAGGCGGUGAAAAUCAAUAAUUGGCUAUGAAUAAAACAAUCUUAACACAAGGUCCAUUUACUAGCUGGUCUGGAGCUUUUUAUCAUAUCACAUGGUCUUCAUCUGUCAACUUCUAAUUAUCAUAGUCAACUUCCCAAGCCAUCAUGGAUGUCAAAUAAAAAAGAGAAAAAUGUCAAAUCCACGGUUCCAACUCUUAUCUGCCUGAAGAAGAUCAUGUGAUAUCAUCAAAAAGCUCCAGAGCAGUUACUAAGUAAGGGUGAUUGUUUUCUCAACUUCUGUUCCCAAAGCCAGGAAUGAAUUUUGAACCUCAGUGACGGGCGACCUGUGAAUGUAUGUAACAGUACAACUGCAGUAAAUGUGGUGUGGGAAUAAUAAGCAGCUUCGAGGCACUUCCUGUAUGUUACCAUAGUAAAUGUCUCACCUUGGUUCAAUGAUUCACUCAUGGUCCCUGAAGGAGACUUGAGCGACCCAGGGGGGGGGGGGAGUGUUGCUGAUGAUAUCGUGUGGGCGGACCAGAUCAUUUAUCCACUAAUUGUCUCCAGAUUCUGACACAAUCACAUUUGGCCCCACGACACUUCUUGUCUGUUAACUCUGUGCCAUGUUGUGAAAUGACAAGCAUACUUGGUAGGUUACUUCUUCACUGCCCCUGUCUUCUUACACCACCCAAUUAAACAUUGGAUCUGUUAUUCCAGGGAUUUCAGAGACAAAAAGAAAAGUAAACCCACACGAGGUCACAAUGCUAGUGAUGACAUCUCUGCUGUACAUGAAUGGAUUUAGUCAUGGACUUAUUUAAAACAACCACAUAUACACAUUAUGAGAGUCGACAGGGAGGACAUAAAUCCUGAAACUCGUUGGCGUUCUACCAGUGUUGCUUGUCAUUUUCCUUGCAGCUAAAUCUAGUGGUGCGAGGUGAAGUGAUUGAAUACCUUGAAACAUUUAUUAAAAACGACUCCAAAGGCUUUGGCUGUCCUGUUGAAAAUCAAAUAUGAUCUCAUGGAAUUUGACAUCGAUGCAAAGUUUUACAAAUAAUGUCAUUAAAAAAAUGUCAUAAUUGUA